CUGUCAAUCUGCAGAACCCUGCCACUCUUUCCCUAAUGUCACACCACACGUCUCAAAUCUCAUCAUCACAGCCUCCAGCAGAAACAACCCUCUGGGAGUUUAGGAUUGACUGCAACGUCACAUGUUACCUUCUCUCUCCUUGACUGGACCAAUAGGAGCUUGGGUCGUAGUAUGUGCACUCAGAGGAGCUGCUUUUUUCCCAUAGUGGUCCAAAGUGGAAUCAUUUGCCUCUGUCUCACUGGGUGUGAAGGUCUGAUGGGACACAUCAGGAUGUAGUUUAGAUUUUGGACUUUUGUGUGAGAUUUAAACAGAAGGGGGGCCAGGGAGGGGGGUACAAGUACAAGGAGAGCGGGUGAUGGGAAACAUCAACAAGGCUUCUAAAAAGAACAGUAAGAGGACGACGGGGGUUUCACCUAUAGAGAGAAGCGACGCCCAUUUGGCUGGCACGAUGCUGGGUGACCUGGGCGAUGGUGGUGAGGUGGACACAGAGGAAGACGAUGAAGACAGGAAUGAGCGAGAAAUCAAUGAGCCACUGGUCGCUCUGGUUAAGAACUGCAACAUGCUGCACAACUUAGUGGGGCCUGCUUGUGUCUUCCUUAGACAGGGCUUCGCACAAAGCCAGCUUGACAGAGAUCUGCGACCAGAGGAAAUGGAAGAGCUGCGUGAGGCCUUCAAAGAGUUUGACAAAGACAAGGACGGCUUCAUCAGCUGUAAGGACCUCGGCGAGUGCAUGAGGACGAUGGGAUACAUGCCCACAGAGAUGGAGCUCAUCGAGCUCAGCCAGCAGAUCUGUGGCGGCAGAGUGGACUUUGAGGACUUUGUGGAGCUUAUGGGUCCAAAGAUGCUUGCUGAAACUGCUGACAUGAUUGGAGUCAAAGAGCUGAGAGAUGCCUUCAAAGAGUUUGAUUCUGAUGGAGAUGGACAGAUCAGCCUCGGGGAGCUGAGAGAAGCCAUGAAGAAGUUAAUGGGGGAGCAGCUCAACCACAGAGAGAUUGACGAGAUCCUGCGAGAUGUGGACCUCAAUGGGGACGGACAGGUGGACUUCGAAGAGUUUGUGCGAAUGAUGUCUCGCUGACUCUUCACCAAAGCUCACUCUGCUGCACUAACCUCAACAAGGACUAAACUUCACAGUAAAUGUCCUGCAAAUGUUUCUUUGUUGUACAAAUGUAUUAGUGUCUCUCUUUUCUUCCCACUUACUACCAUCAUCUUUGUGUUAAGUGUAUUAUGUAAUUUUUUGUAAUGAGAGAUUAUAGAGUGAUGACUCAGCAAUGCGAUGGUUUAACCAAAGCUGUAGUCUCAUUAUUAGUUCAUUAUUUGUAUUUAAAAAGUUUGUGAAGUUAGACUUCCUUUUCACCAAUGAUAAGGAACUCUUUUACUUUUACCAAGUACCACCUGAGAAACUAUUGAGCUCCUCAAGUAACACCAUUAUCACCAACGUUAAAAUACAGUGGUGUGAAUAGACUGAGCAUAAUUUACUCUCUCAUCAUCCUCCUCUUCCUCACAUAUACUUCUGGUGUAGACACUGGUGUAGUGAAAUUAGAUUAAGAUGGAGCGAGACAUAAGGUGACUUUAAUUAUUAUUAUUAUUGUUAUUGUUUAAUUUAUUAUUGUUGUUUUGGUUGUUAUUUGUUUCAUUUUCUACACACUCCAGUCAGUAGAACAGUAUGUACAGUAAGUACCACCAGACAUGAUAUUGUACGACAUUUUUUGUGUAACCCAGUCAAAAAAGCUGAAUUAUUUUAGUUUAUUUUUGGUCAUUUGGGUGAACUAACCUGUUAAAUAUGCAAUUCACAACACUGUACUUGACUUGAAUCUAAACAAAGAUGUUACUAUGUGGAUUUAUUGUCGAAAACCUUUCAUUCAAUUUAACUGUGUAAUAUUAUCAUAGUAUGCAAAGCAACAGUGAGUGAUUAUAUAUGUAUCUUUAUUUUACAAACAUGAAUCCAUGAAAUUUCAACUACAGGUUCAGGCCCUUUUUCCUGUUUAUGUUCUUGUCCCUGUUUGAUCAGGUAGAUAAUGAGAGUACAUGUUUAUGUUAUGCAGACAUUUAAUGUUUUAUUUGUAUAAUGCUCUACGGGUCAUACAAUUAAGAUGUAUUGUAAAUUAAAAAAAAAUAUAUAUAUCAGUGACAAUACACUAGUUUUUAAUGACCAGAUACUUUUUCUUUUCUUGAUUCCACUUUGUUAGUGAAACUUAAAUUAUUUACAAGGGAUUGUUGCAUUUUGUUUCUCACACAGACUUCCAAUAGAUUUCUAUCCUGCUGAUAAAAUGUGUCAAGUCCCCUCUUUGUUUGCAAUUAGUGAGGUCCUCUAUCAGUCGUUUUUUCAAAGAAAAAACAGUCUCACUGUAGUCAACACUGACAGGAGCCAUGGGUGGAGACCAACGCCAAAGUGGAGAAAUGUACCAGCUGCAAUUGUCUGCGUCAAACUCCAUCACAUCUGAGAUCUUCAUGACGUUGGCCUUUUUCAUUGCUGCAUCCUCUCGGAUUAUUUCAUCAAGUUGCUCUACCAGCUCUUUAUCUUUCUUCUUCCUCUCAACCACAGACAUGUUAGCAUGUACAAAAUGACAAAAUGGCCGGUUGCCCACGCCCUUCAACCUCGUGAAAGCCUGCAGCACCAUCUUUAAGACAUCCUUCUUGCUGGAGUCGUCCCCGGGAACACAGACGAUUGUGACGUCACUGAGUGCCACACCGAGGCUCGCUACCUCCUUGUCACGUUCAUGGCUGUGAUCCUCCUGAACCAUCUGUUGUGGUUUAAGUCCCUCGGUGUCGAUGAGCAUGAUGCAGUCACAGCCAACUUCAUCCCUCACGUCUUUGUUGACAUUUAGCAGCUGGAUAAAUGCCCCUUUGGUGCACGUUGCUUUACCAACAGCAAACCUGACUCCAAAUAUGGUGUUGAGCAGAGUUGAUUUCCCUACAUUCUCAGCUCCGAUCACUGUAAUGACUUUGAGCUUACUGUCGGAAUGCAUUAAGUCAUGCAGCUCAGUAAGUACGUCAUGGAUCCAUCUCGUGGGGAUAUUUGCUGCAUCUCCAUCAACAAGUUCAAGAGGGAAACCAUCCAGCAGCAUCUGAGCGUACAGUCCAGGGAGCUGUUCAAUGGUUUUUCUCUGACGGCUGUAUUCUGGCAGGUAGCUCACACACUCAUACAGCUGCCCACACUCUCGAAAAAAGUGCUCAAGGUGCAAAGAACGAACAGAUAUUUGCUUGUCAAUUUUGUCAAUCGUUUCAGUUUUUAUUGGAGACUCCUGGAGCUGCAUUUUGUAUUGAUCCUGCAGAGAUGACAGAUGGUGCCGGGACAGAUUGUCCAAUUCUAUUUCCAGCCAUUUCAUGAAAUAGCAGCGCUGAACCUCUGAGGUGACCACCCCAUGAAGGAAGCUCAACCCUGCAGCUGUCAUCUCAAAUCUUUGCUGCUUCCUUUUAAGCUCUUUUUGUUUUGUUUUCAAAGACCUCUUGUAGACUUCAGGGUUCUGGGUGCCAGCUUUCCUCAUUCUCCAGCACUCUGUUUCAGUCCAUGAGAUCGCUUUCCAAAUGUUUCCUUGAAAUGGCAGUUGUGUGUCCUUGAAAUCAGAGAUGUUGGUUACAUGUUUGGUUAUUUGUUCCACAUUGUUCCGGGCACUCUUGCAUUCGUCGCUGUCCUCGUCCACCAGGAUUUCACACCAGCGAGCUCUUUCAGCCUGAUGUUCAACAGACACUAUGUUUUGGCACUUUUCUAGUGUCUUAGAGAUUGAUUCCUGGAGAGCUUUUGUCAACUCUAUAUCAGUCUUUUUCUUCUGGCUAACAUUUAUCAUCUUUAAAUCUUUAAAUUUCGUCAUCAUUUGCAGCGUAAACGUUUUCCCCACUGUGCUACUAAUCAGGAUGACAUUUGCUUUCAUUUCCUUCCCUUCCAGACACUUUAAGUAAUCAAUUUCUGAUUCAAUACAGAAGAUGUAAACAAUGGCCGAGGUUUGACAGAGGAAUGAGAAUUGUUUGUCAAAAGCCCUGAUGUCUCCUCUGAGGUUUGCAACAGCCAGUGGCUCCAUGAAUUUGUCAAUGGUCCUGUUUCCACAUGGGAGAUACCAGCUGAUUUCGACUAGCCCGUCUGAAAUCCUCCUGGGAACAUCACCACACACCAUGUUACGAUGAUAAAAUCUGUCAUGGUACUGCUGGGUGUUACUGAGCAGUUUGUUCAAGAUCAAAGACUUGGAUAGGGCUGUCCUUCCGAGCCGGACGAAUGACACCAAAGGAAUGUCGGUAUACACAAUUCUUUCCUCACAGUUUAACUUUUGGAGUGUCUGCUGUGAAGGUCGGAAGGUUUGGACUAUUUCACGCAUGGCCCACAACAUCAGUGUCAUUUCUCUCGUUUCACUGUUGGGCAGCAGUAGAGGGAUGGCGAACUGGCAGAGUGCCAUUUUCAGAACUAUGCUCUGCUGAAGAAAAGCAUCUGAACAGAGCAACAGUGCAGUAAUCAGAUCCAGGGGGUUGAUGGCAUUGUUCUUGUCUGCGUCUGCAUCGUACAACACACAUUUGACACUUCUAGCAUUAGCAUUCAACACCUUAAGUUUCUUCACAAAGGCCCCAGGAAGUGACUUUGCACUUUGAAGUUUAUUCUCUGAAGUAUCGUCUUUAUUUAUCUCCAGGAUGGUACUGAGUGUGAGCUUGUUGUCAUACUGCUCUUCAAGUCCAAUCUUUGAUAGCACCUCCCUGAGACUGGGCUCUGUGAAUUAAUAAGGCAACAAUUAAUGGAGAGAAUGCUAUAUUAUUUAUAUGCAGCUCUACAAGAUGUAUAAUGUUCAAUAUGGAGUUUUCGGUGGUUUCAAGAGGCUUUGUUAAAUCUUAGGUUUUUGCCAUUUUGUGGCCCAUGUCUCUGUGUCUCUUUGUUUGUACACUACAUUCACUUACCCCAUUCCCUAAAACCUUCAAUGACGACACAAUAUUUCACUCCAGUGUGGAUCUUCUUUAGGACAUAAUGGUUUAAAAUCAUUGAUUUUCCACUUCAGUGAAAUUACUUUAACCUGAAGAAGAUCCAUACCAGAUCAAGAUGUUGUAUCCUCAAUAAAAGAGUGUGUGGAGUCCCCUUCCUUUUGCACUUUUAUUCUGAGGUGAUGGAUAUUUAAUGGCUCAUUGUUGUUUACACUUCCGAAACUAGUGUGGACAAUAAAUGAUCUCCUGACGUCAGUGCCUCUCUACUUUACUUUUAAUAGUGCCCCUAUGUUUCUGCUGUAGGUCUGAUAGUUUUGCUUGACAGAGCCUGUUCUUAGAUGAAGGAUGCAGCCUACAAGUAAUGUUACGUACUGUAAUUUCUGUUCACAAAGAUGAAAAAUACAGAGCCCCAGACAUGACAUGGGGAAAAAAAUGUAUUUGAAUACUAAUACGGAAUACUAAUUAAUUCCUACAAAAAAGGUAUACUGCAUCCAUCCAUCUUCUACCGCUUUAUCCUCUUAUGCAAAAAAAAAAUUUAUUAAUUGCUUAAUUAGAAUUACAAUGAACUGUUCUGCAACUAUGAGUAAGCAGGAAGGUAAUCUACAGUAUUUUCUCACCUGUAUGUAUAGUGAUAGAGACCGGUUUACUGCACUGAUUGUUCAACACUGUUGACACAGAUAUAGUGUACUCUGUUUCUGGUUCCAGAUCUGAGAACAUUUUGUAGCAAUCCUUCGUGUGUAUUGCUAACGGCAUUUUCCCAGGACUUGUGACAGUUAUAAGGAACUGAUGUGGAUUUCCCUCCAUGCCGUCUGCUUUAGACCAUUUCAAGGAAAAAGCCGUGGCCUCUGCAUGUCCUUUUGUUAGGUGUCGAGGAUGUGGCACCGCUGUAAGACAGCAGUCAUUUGUGAGAAAAUAGUUUUUCACUUCAUCAAAAAUGGGAACACACUGCAGAUAAAAGAAGAUCCUGGCGUGUCUAAUAUUACCUGUGAAAACAGAUGCUGUGAUCCACUCACUCAAAUUGCCGUCCUCAUCCUCUGUGGCCACACUGAAGAAAUACUUUUGUCCGAGUUGAAGGUUGUUUAUUUCAAUUUUAUUGAAAUCCUUGAUGACCAAGCUUCCUUCCUCCCUCUUUAACGAGCUCCACUGCAGUUGGAAGCUCCGACGCCUCUCCAGUCCUUUUGGGAGGCCCCAGCUCAGGACCACAGAGUUUGACUCCACUAACAGGAACUCAAUCUUCCCAGGAGGGGGCACCACUGACAAAUAUAAGACAGUACACAUAAAUAUUUUUGUCAUUUGCACAGUCAGUUUAGGCCAAAAAGACAUGACGUGAACACACACUUGAUUGGGAUCUGCACGCUCCAUUUAGACAGGUAACAUUGGAGAAAGAAAACAGGUUUGAAGAAUCAAAGGUUUCAAAAAGGUUUCCUUUACUUUGCUCAAUUUUUAGGGACAGAGCCACCAUUAAUGGGAUCAGUAAAACCUCUGCCUUUCCUGCUGAAACAUGCCAAAAUGGCUCCUGCGCAAAAGGCCCAUUCCAUUUCAUUUCAACACUUAUUUAUUUUGUGUGAUUUGGUUGGAUGGUUGAUUGGAAAAGUCAAUUUACAAUAAAACGUUAUGUACAAGACAGAUGUUGUUGUCCUUAGGCUUGCAGGAUGCAGUAUGAGAUAUAAUAGAAAGGCAGUAUAAAAUAAUUAUACAGAUAUUUCUUCUUUGUUUUGUUUUCAUAGAAUUAACAAUUUUGCAAUUUUGAUACGUUUGCCAAUAUUUGGCCGCCUGUCUUCUGGAUUUUUUUUGUCUUUUUAAAAUGAUUUUGCUGCUUUGUCCCAAUUUAGUGUGGUGUCCUGUAUUUGAGUCAUCAGUCAGUUGAUACAAUAGCAUAUUUCCAAAAGUGUGUUUGUAUGCACACCAUUUUUCUUCUGAUACUGCAGUAAAACACUGAAAAUAUAUCGUGAUGUAUCGCUUUAUGAUUGGCUUGCACUACACUGAUUAUCACAGAAUCGUAUCAUGAGGUUAUUAGUAUUGUGAACCAUGUGUCACAUAUAUCAUGAGGUACCCUAUGAUUCCCACCCCUAUUGUGGAAAACAAAAAUGUUAUUUUUCAAAUGAAAACAUGACAGUAUGGUUUUAGUCUCUUUCUAUGGCCCCGUUUUGCCACAUGCAGUUUAUUAUACUCACCUGUUGCAGGUUGACUGAUGUGUUGGUAUUCUUUACUCCAAGAUGUCUAAAGUAGAAUGUUAAUAAACAUUAUACAACAAAAAGUA